GCAAUUAAUUUCCCCGCAAUUCCACACACCACUGGCACUGUGUAGCUCGCCAUAAGAGGCAAAAAAAAAAAAAAAAUGGUGAAGAUUUGUUGCAUUGGAGCUGGUUAUGUUGGUGGUCCAACUAUGGCUGUUAUUGCUUUGAAAUGUCCAUCUGUUGAAGUUGCUGUUGUUGAUAUCUCUGUUCCACGGAUCACUGCUUGGAACAGUGACCAGCUUCCUAUCUAUGAGCCGGGCCUCGAUGAUGUUGUUAAGCAAUGCCGUGGCAAGAACCUCUUCUUCAGUACUGAUGUUGAGAAACACGUGAGAGAGGCUGAUAUCGUCUUUGUCUCUGUGAAUACCCCGACCAAGACUCGUGGUCUUGGAGCUGGUAAAGCUGCUGAUUUGACUUACUGGGAAAGCGCAGCUCGGAUGAUUGCUGAUGUGUCGGUUUCAGACAAGAUCGUUGUUGAGAAAUCAACUGUCCCUGUCAAAACCGCGGAAGCCAUUGAGAAGAUUCUGAUGCACAACAGUAAAGGAAUCAAGUUCCAGAUUCUCUCCAACCCUGAGUUCCUUGCUGAAGGAACCGCCAUUGAAGAUCUUUUCUAUCCUGACCGUGUUCUCAUCGGUGGUCGUGAAACACCUGAAGGGUUUAAAGCUGUCAAAGCCUUGAAAGACGUUUAUGCUCAGUGGGUUCCAGAAGAUAGAAUCCUAACCACUAAUCUCUGGUCCGCUGAGCUUACCAAGCUUGCUGCCAACGCAUUCUUAGCCCAAAGAAUCUCAUCCGUCAAUGCUAUGUCUGCUCUCUGUGAAGCCACUGGUGCUAAUGUCUCUGAAGUCUCCUAUGCUGUUGGUAAAGACUCUAGAAUCGGUCCCAAGUUCUUGAACUCGAGUGUCGGCUUUGGUGGCUCCUGUUUCCAGAAAGAUAUCCUCAACUUAGUCUACAUCUGUGAAUGCAACGGCCUCCCUGAAGUAGCGGAAUACUGGAAACAAGUCAUCAAGAUCAAUGACUACCAGAAAACCCGGUUUGUAAACCGCAUUGUGUCCUCGAUGUUCAACACCGUUUCCAACAAAAAGAUUGCUGUCCUCGGGUUCGCCUUCAAGAAAGAUACCGGAGACACGAGAGAGACUCCAGCCAUUGAUGUCUGCAAAGGUUUGUUAGGAGACAAAGCCCGAAUCAGCAUCUAUGAUCCACAAGUCACUGAAGAACAGAUCCAAAGAGACUUAACCAUGAACAAAUUCGACUGGGACCAUCCAAUUCACCUUCAACCCAUGAGUCCAACCACUGUGAAACAAGUCUCAGUCGCUUGGGACGCCUAUGCUGCCACUAAAGACGCCCACGGAAUCUGCUUGUUAACCGAGUGGGACGAGUUUAAGACGCUUGACUAAGAGCGGAUCUUUGAAAAUAUGCAGAAACCAGCGUUUGUCUUCGAUGGCAGAAAUGUUGUUGAUGCAGAGAAGCUGAGGAAGAUAGGGUUUAUUGUUUACUCUAUUGGUAAGCCAUUGGACCAGUGGCUCAAGGACAUGCCUGCUCUUGCUUAGCUUUGAGUUUUUGCCAUUCUCAAGAUUUGGAUUGUUUUUCUCUAUGUUGCUUAUAUCAAAUAAUUUGCUCUGUUUUUU